AUGGGCGCAAUGAACCUUCGACGUAGCCUAUCACCUUUACAUGCUGAAUGUGAAGCUCUGAUUUGGGCAAUGGAGUGCAUGAAGACCCUGCAGUUCUCAGAUGUAGUAUUUGUGACGGAUUGUUCUCAAUUGGUGAAGAUGGUGUCCUCACCUGAAGAAUGGCCGGCGUUCGCUACACACAUGGAAGAAUUCUGCCGAAGUAAGACUUUCUUCCCCAACUUCACGAUCAGAUAUAUCUCAAGGGCACAAAACACAAUGGCGGACAAGCUUGCACGUGGUGCGAGGAGUUCUCCUUCAGCUAUGCUAUAUGUCGAUUCUUUACCUCCGGUUUGGCUAUCUGAACCGGUGACCCCAUAG